CCAAAUAUACUCUUUCGUGAGAGCCUACUGUUCUAAAUAGCUUCUCUUGAUGAACUAAGUUAUGUAUGGUUCUAAGCAUUACUGUUUUUCCUUUUAAUUAAGAUAUACAGAUCAUUGAAGACGACAUAAGAGUUGACGAAUUAUGCACUAGAAGAGAAUAUGCAAGAUGGUUAGUUCGUCUGAAUUCCCUACUCGAGAGGUAGUAAAUUACAGCUAAUUCAAGUUACAGGACUGCUUGCUCGUGUCAUAUCUGUCAGCUUUUUGUGCUGAUUUUGCAGAAAUCCCAAGCACAGAGUUGUCCCAACUAUAUCCCUUUCAGGAUCACUUGCUGCUGGAUUUGAUGACAUCAACAUUGAUGAUCCGGAUUUUGUGUAUAUUCAAGGUGAGACAUUUGUAGUUUUAGAAGGUCACAGGGUUGUGUUUUUGGUAGAAGGGUCCUGAAAUGUCUCUUUCUGCUUGCCAUAUCAGCUCUAGCUGAGGCCGGCAUCAUACCAAGCAAAUUGUCUUCAACAAGUGAGUUUUCUAUCACUUCAGAAGAUGGAAGCUUCUACUUUUAUCCAAAUAGGUAUGAGGGUGGAAAUAACUUGUGAAUGUCCCUAUCCAUGACUCAAUUUCGUUUUAAUAUUUCCACUUAAACAAAUGAAAUGCAUUUUCAUGUAGGUACCUGUCCCGGAAGGAAAUGAUCAACUGGAGAGCUCAGUUAGAGUAUGCCAUCUUGCCUGGAACAAAAGAGCAGCUUCUUAAAACUUGACUUGUCUACAGUCCAGAUGUCAAGAAUAAGAGCAGAUUACAUGGAUGUGAAGGACAUCACUUCAGAUACAUCACCUGAAUUCUUUGCUGACAUGUUGGCCGGGGAGAAAAGCAUAAUCAGAAAAGUGUUUGGACAGAGUAGGCGUUUUCAGCCAAAUAAACCUUCAACCAAGGCACAGGCAGCUGUGACGCUGACAAGUGGCAGAAUGUCCGAAGCGGUUCACCACGAAUUACUCAGACUGAAAGCAGAGAGUUCUUCAAGGCAGGCUGCUGCUGAAGAAAUUAAGUCUGAGCUGCUCGAAAGAGGCGAUAUCAAGAACUUUUGGAAUGAAAAGCUUCUUUUUGAAAGAAACCAUGGAGUUGAAGUGCAGAAGCUCUACAUUGCCACCUUGCAGGAUUUGGAUAAGGAGAAGGAUCUUCAAGUCAAAACUCUGACUGAGAACAUGAAGGAAAAAGCAGCUAUGGACUGUCAGAGACAUCUAAUUCUCACUCUUAAGGAAGAGAUAGAAGAUAUGGCAGAAAGGCUUGCAUCCGAGAGGACUUCAUAUGUAGCUGAGCAGUGUAACAUUCAGGAGUUGAGGAAAGCAGUGCUGAUGGAUCAGGAAGGGGUUCUUGAUUCAAAAUCCAUUCUGGAAGCCGAAAUAGAAGCUCUCCGAGUUCUCAGGACUUGGGUAGAAGAUGAAGCGAAGAAAAGCCAGGCGCGGGCUAAAGUUCUUAAGGAGGUAGGACGGCGGUGGAAAUGGGACAACCAAGCUUGAAUUAUCGUCGUGUUGUACAAGUAAAAAACUGCAUAAUAAUUAACCUAUCAUUCGUUAGUUUCUUCAUCUUCAGGGGAAUAUAAGGUUGUGUAAAAAAGUCCGGCAGUGAUGGGCUUAAUGUUUAGAACUGGGCAUUAGGCGUCAUCAUCAUGAUGUGAUUACGUGAGGAUAAAUUAGGCCGAUGCAAUAAGAUAAGAACUUGGGUGGAUAUUUUUUUUCUUCUUCUUUUUCCGGGCCAGGUUCCGAGAGACAUUCCUGGUCCUGGAAGCAUGUUUCUACUUUAGACCGGAUGGAGGUUGAAGGAACAGCUUACAGCCUGCAAGAAAACAUUAUGGUCAGUUCGAAUGCCUAUGCCUUCUAGAUCGGGUCAUAUGGUACAAUUUCGUGUAAAGAUGUUAUGCUCGCCGUGAUGGCAAAUAUGAAUGUCGUGCUGGUUUUUGCUGUCAUUUUUCAUUUUCUGUCCUUGAAUGUUUAUGGAUCCAGUAUAUAUCUCGUUAAAAAGUAUUGUAAGAGCUUGGAGCAACAUUUGAAGAUCUCUAGCUAGUUUGGACCUUGAGACACAGGAAAAUAUGCUUUCAGACGGACUCGUUGUAGAGGUUGAAACAAGGCAUCCUUGCUUAGUUUGGACUAGAGAUUGUAAUUUGUUUGCUGAUAACUUAUCUUAGUAUUACUAAGCAACAAAAUUUUGUGAUGAAAACAUUAUAAUGGGCGGGGUAAGUUUGAACUUUUUACCGUGUUUUAUUUUAUGUGGGGUUUAGUUUCUUCCACUCCCACUUCGCUUCCUUUCCCUACCUUCCAUCACAUUUCUAGACAGACUCUAGAAGAACGUUUCCACGGCAAAGUACUGAUGCUUCCUCAUCCAGCAGCAACAGCAGCUAAGUCCAGUCAUGCCCCACUUUCCUCGUCCCUGUAACCAGGUAUCUCUCUUCCUCCAUCCCUUACCUGGAUUUUCCUUUUCCAUACAAAAUCACGUGAGAGAUGGAAAAAAACCUGCAGAGGUUAACUCAGUAGUGAAAAUGGAACUUUUUUGUUUCCCAGCACAGUCCGUGAGGCCAGAGCAUCACAGCUAUUAUAAUGGCGAUGUGGAUAACCCUUUUUUGGCUGAUACCACUACAAGUGGAGACCAUAAUCCACAAAGCAUUUCCUUUUUUUCUCCUUCUUUCUGCCUUUUACCAGUUUGUCUCAGCAAAUUCCUUGGUGAAAACAGUUAACUACCCAACUUCUCUGCUCCCAAAUUUCCCACCUUAAGCAUUUUGACUUGUUUAUAUGCAGCGCUGCAAAAAUGGCGGCCUUAAAGUUGCCUAAAUCAUCCAAGUGCAUAACAUCCCAACAAAGGCAUAUGACUUUU